CCUGUUGUCUGUGAGCAAACGGGUUUCUUUUUCACGAAACAGUAGGUCCUAAACUGACCUUGAAAAGAUAAAUACAUCGCCUUUUUAUUCAUAUUUCUGUCUCAUCACUUGGUAAGUAAUACGCUGACUGAUUGAAGAAUGGAGGAGCAACACAAGAAGAUUCUUCAGCAAAACAGGACCAAUAUAGUUAUAGAUUUGGAUCCUUCAGGCGUCUAUGACGCCCUUUUUCAAAAGGGAGUUUUCACCCAGGACAUGAUUGAUGAGAUCAAGAGCUCUGGGACCAGACGAGACCAGGCCAGACAGUUAGUCCGGGACUUAGAAACCAGAGGGAGUCGAGCCUUUCCAUUAUUCCUGGAGAGUCUACGUGAAUCGGGUCAGCAGGGUCUUGUUGAAAUCCUGCUAAACGGGGCUCCGACAGUUCAACUUCAGCCUGCUGUACCUACAGUGGUCCGCCCUAUUGUACAACCACUGCCAAUCAUUACAGAUUCUUCUGUGGAUAUUGGUAAACAAAGCCAAGAUAUUGUCCCCAGCUAUCCUGUAGAGAGGCCCAACAACUCUCCCAGUCCAACACCUGACAAUGGGCAUCUUAAACCAAGGCCACCAGACAGAACACGUCGGGAUAGUCUUCGGUGCUAUAAAAUGGAUUCCAGCCCAUGUGGUCACUGCCUCAUCAUUAACAACGCAGAGUUUGAACCUGGGUGUGUGCUCAGCGAUCGCAAAGGCUCCAACAUAGACUGUGACAAGCUGAAGAGAAGAUUCAUGGCACUCAACUUUACUGUUGAAGUCAAAACAAACUUGAAACAAAAACAAAUCAUACAUGAACUGUCAGCUUUGUCUAGAAAGGAUCACUCCCAAUAUGACUGCUGUGUGGUUAUCAUGCUCUCCCACGGGACUGAGGUGAGACACAGCCGUUUCCCUGGCGCUGUGUAUGGAGUGGACGGACAGUGUGUCAAAGUUCAGAACAUCACAAACUACUUAAAUGGCCAGAACUGCCCUUCUUUGCAAGGAAAACCCAAACUGUUCUUCAUUCAGGCCUGUGGAGGAGAGGACAGAGACAUAGGUUUUGAGGUGUCCCCUGAGGAGGCUCAUCCAUCAGUGGGUGGAGAAGACGACCAAACAGAUGCCAUCCCGACGUCGUCCAGCAGCGACUCUCUGAGCACGUCUGAUGAGGUGGACGCCAGAACAUCACUGCCCACCCCGAGUGACAUCCUGGUGUCCUACUCUACUUUCCCUGGUUACGUUUCCUGGAGAGACACUCGGGCAGGCUCUUGGUAUGUCGAAAUACUGGACCGCAUCCUUGAAGAGAACGCAGCCACUGAUGACUUGGUCACCAUGCUGAUGAUGGUAAACCAUGAGGUUUCCCAAAACUCUGCUAAAGGGCUCUACAAGCAGAUGCCUGGUUCCUUUAACUUCCUUCGAAAACUUCUUUACUUUCAAACCUCAGCCUAGUGGAAGACUGCCCCUCUUCAGGGCAUAUUUGAUUUGUUAAAAGGGAGAAUACACUUUUUUGUAAGAUGUAACUGUUGUACGGAAAUGUCUUAAUGCUGAUAUUUUUAACUGUUGCUUACAUUUCUAAAUGGACUUUCUGGGUAAAAUGUAGCAUUAAUUCUGCUAAGACUAUGAUUCCAUGCUGUAAAAACUUAGGGUUGUUUUAUUUGUGGAGGCUUUCUGUAUGUAUCAGCCAAAAAAGUCAAGAAAUUAAUCCAAUAUCCUCUGCUGUACAUUAGGGUUAAAACCAGUUCUGCUCUGUAAAGAUAAAAACAACGUUUAUCCUCAUUCGUUCGUUCAUAUAGGUCUGGUUACUGUACUGACACAACCCCAUUAUAAGUUGUACCUGCGUUCAAGAAUGAAUGUGCACAAUCUGAGAGAAAAUGGAAAAAAGACAAAACAUGUUUAGAAGGUUUGAAUAACAGUUUGGAUCAAUAUCAAACAGAUGUGAAGGAUGAUAAAUGAAAAGUUCUCACAUCUUCUCUCUUCUCAACAUCAGUAGACCUCAAGAUCUUUUUAAUGAUGAUCCAUUUCUGCUGUGAAUUGUUUCUCUAUUGUACACCGAGGUUUUCAACUGGAUUACGUUUGUGUGUUUGCCCUUUUCAACUGAUGUUGUGGAGGAUAUGCGAUGUACAGCAUUACUUUCUAUUUGUAUAAAUACCUUUUGAUACAUUCAGUAAUGUAGUCUUUUAUUGCAAAGUAAUUAUCUGCCUUUUCUGUGGUGAAGCCUCUCAACUAGAAGUAAAAUUAGGCCCUUGAAUUCUCUCAACCUUUACAAAUAUUUUCAAACUGCCUUUUUAUUCUAAGGUUUUUAAGAAAAUGUUUUUAAUCCAUCCGCAAUAUUUUUUGAGGACAAUCGAAUUCAUAUAAGUCUGUGCCUUGCUUUUGAAUGUGCCAUCAAAUUAAAUACUGCUUUUAAA